GGCUGUGUUCCAUUUCUCUAGCUGUUCUCUUUCUUGAAAAGAAUGUAGCUGUUCUCCACCAUCCACGCCAUCAUCAUGUGCACCUCCGACUCGCCGUCCACGGGAUCGACCGGCAGUCUGCGGCACACCACUACACUCGCCUGCGCCCUCGCCGCCAGCCAUGCCGAGUUCACGGCCUGCCGCCGCCUCCAUCCCCGUGUCCUCGCCGGCUUCUCCCCCGCGCCAUCACAUGAUCACUCGGGCUCGAGCUGGUGUUUUCAAGCCCAACCCGCGAUACGCUUCUCUUCAUGCGCCAACUCCGAUCUCGCCGAUCCCGUCUUCCAUUCGGCAGCUCAACCCCGACGGCAGCCUGGAGCGGUACAAGGCACGGUGGGUCGUGCCUGGGUUUUCCCAGCGUCCAGGCAUCGACGUCCCGGGGGCGGCGGCGCGGCUGCCGGCCUCGAUCGCAUUGGCGUGGGGCACGGCGCCGGCGCUGUACCUGUCGUACGGCAUGGUCUCGCUCAAGGGCCGGCGCCCGGCGCUGACGGACGCCGUGGCGGCCGCGCGGUCGUUCACGGCGCUGACGCCGCCCCUGGGCCUCGACUACUUCGCGGUGUUCGACGGCGGCCACCUCGGCGCAGCCGCCGCUCGGCGCCUGCGCGCGCGGCUGGCCACCGCCAUCGCCGAGCGGAUCGACGGCGAGCUGCGCAGCGAGGUGCCGCUGUUCGGCGUGGCGUCAUCGCGUGACGUGGCGGGGUGGUGGAGGACGGUCAUCCGGGAGGCGUUCCGGGCCGUCAGUGGCGAGGUGACGGCCAGCGGCGGCGGCAGAGGCGCGACGGCCCUCGUCGCGCUGGUCCUGGAGAAGUACAUCGUGGUCGCCAACUGCGGCGUAGGCGGCUCCAAGGCCGUGCUAUCUCGCUGCGGCGAGCACGUGGAGCUCAGUACUGACCACAUGGUAAAGCUCUUGUUGUUCUCGGCAUUCAUAUGCCUGUCACUCUGUCCAGACUUCAGACUUCAAUGCAUAUCUUUGAUCGAGCAGUAUCUUUAUAUUAUUUUGGACUAG